CUGUACUGGUGUAUCCUGAUAGAGGCGCUAAUCAGCCAAGCCUACAAGAGUAACGUUGCAGAACCAAAACCAAAUCAUCGCGAACUGUAAGGGAUCUUCUAAAGCCACAAGCCAUAACAUGUCAACAACCGCGUCGGGAGAAAAAGAAUGUAAUUCAGCGAAUAUCGCGGUAAUCGGCGCAGGCUGGUGGUAAGUCACGUAGUGUUGAUACUGGAAACGAAAGCAAUGUUGCAAGCUCACGUGAGUCCUGCAUGCACACAAAUUGUUCAAGAACUUCGCAUUGCAUUGGGUUCUCUUCCAGUACCACAUGAUUGCAUUGGCGAAAUAGACCCAUUUCCCCUCUAUUUCUGCGAAUGGGGGUUAGAUGGAUUCGAGUGAGGAACAAAGAAGAAAAUGUCAUCACUUCACGACAAAAAUGCUUAUAUACGGCGACAAAACAUCUACAAUCUUUGAAAUAUCGCCUUUCCGGAGCAUCAUUACAACCCCAAUUUUGAUUUAGAGUGGUUUCUGUUUGAUCCGGAACGCUUGGCUCAAAACUCACAAUUUCGUUCCUUGCAACUUGAUACCUCUGUUUGCGCUUGGGAAGGUCCCAAGGCUGGCAUCUUCCAGCACUGAACAAUAACCCAAGAUCGAACCUCGUCGCAAUCGUGGACACUUCGGCGCAACCGAAAUCCAAACUCAAUCCCGAUCUCGAGCCCCUCUCUGUUUUGGCGGAAAAGUACAAUACUGUCACAUUCACUUCGAUCGAAGACUUCUUGAACGAUUCAGAUAUCGAGUCGAAUCUCGAUGGAGUGGUUGUGGCAACUCCUCACGCUACACAUUACCUGAUUGGGCAAGUGUUGAUCGAGGUUGUGAAGAAACGAAAAGUUACCAAUAGCAAGCCCUUGCAUAUCUUAAUGGAAAAACCCAUGACUACCGACAUCGAGGACGCGAUGACUUUGUACAGCCUAGUAGAAGCAGAAUCGGAUGGCGAAUCGCAGUUCUGGCUUAAUCACAGCGCAAACUAUCGAGCCCAAACCGCAAUGGCACGAGAGGCCAUCACCUCGGGAAGGCUUGGCUCCGUUCGUCACGUAACAGCGUCUUUUGCAAGCCCACUAAAAUGGAUUUUUUUGGAUCCCGAAAAUGAUGGAUGGAACAAACCCUCCGGAAACAUGAUUGGAAAUGGUUUUGGGUGGGCGCAGACAUCACAUAUGCUAGCCUUCCUCUUUCACAUUCUACCAGAUUUACAACCCGAAAGCGUGUAUUGUCGUAUGACGCAUUCAAAAACUACAGGAGCCGACAUUUCACAUUCUGCGACGAUUGAAUGCGUUGACGUGGCAACAAACGAAAUUGUCCUGAUCAAUUUGUCGGGAACGACGCUACUUCCUGGAGAUCAGUAUGCGGAUCCACCCGUUGCCAAGCUGGUCCAAAUCGACGUCUAUGGCAACGAUGGUAGUCUCCAUUACUCUGGCAAUGACCUGGAUCCGUCGAGUGGGUCAUUAGACUAUAGACCAACCAAUGGGUCAAUCGAGGUACUUUGCGAUCGGUUUGAAUUCGAGGGAUACGAUAAUGAAAAUUACGGUCCCGAAUCGAUGCAAAAUUUUGUGGAACUUUGCUGUGGAGGUUAUGGUGAAACCAUUCCGACCGCCGGUGCAACUGUCAUUGAUGGUCUGGUACGUGCGGUAGUCUGAAGAAGAGGUCCCUGUUGAAAUUGUUUGUCGUUAUGGUCGAUUGUAAGAGGAAUCGCAUUCAUUUUUGUCUCAUUUCAAUUUUCUUUUCAAAGCGUUCAAUUCAAGUGCUAGAUGCCAUGUAUAAGAGCGAUGCAUCGAGACGAACAGAGUCUAUUGUGCCGAUACCAAAAGAAGAAUAAGGUGCUGUGACUUGGAUUUCUCAGCAUCGAUAAAUAUGGCACAGUGUAAAAAUCAAGGCGCAAUUCGAACGCAAAGUCUAUACUUGUAGUCCCGCAUUUGACAACAACUCAAUGGUAAAAGCACAGUUCUAGAAAAAGCUAAGCGAUUUUAAUAUUUGCACUUUUCGGGUCGAUUAUUAGUCCGUUUCCAAAGGAGUCUCUCUGAGUAGAAGUAAAUUUCCAAUGCACGAGAGAAAAAAAAAGUUGUAACAAUCUGGCAUAAAGAUGACCCGGUCGC